AUGAAUAAAGAAGAUUAUAUUGAUGAUCAUUCUAUUAAAGAUAAUUUUAAUCAUUUAUUUACAUCAAAUGAAUUAUCAUUACAAUUAUUACAUAAUCUUAUGAAUCAUUUAUUAAAACAAAAUUUUUCUAAACUAAAUAAAGAUUUAAUUCAAUUUAUUUUAACUCAUUGGAAUUUAUUUAAUGAACAAUAUAAAUUAAUGAUUAUGAAAGCUUUAUCUAAUUCAACUAUACCAACAACUUAUAUGAAUGAUAAUUUAUUAUUAUUAUUAUUAUCUAAUCCAUUAAUAAAACAAACAUUAUAUCCUUCACAAUAUUUAUCUCAUUCAUCUAUGAUAAAUGAUAUAUCUAAUGGUUAUGCUUUGAACAAUUAUGAAUAUAACUAUAAUGAUAGUAAUAAUGAUAAUAAUAAGAAUGUUGAUCAUAUAACGAAUCAUGAACAUACUCAUCAGACUACAAUAUUAAAUAUAGAAUCACAAUCAAUGAAAGAAGAAAAUAUAAAUCAUUUGAUAAGAAUUUUACCAGUUAAUAAUAAUAAUAAUAAUCAUAAUAAUCAUAAUUCAUGUUUAUUUCUAUCGAAACCACCAUAUUCAUAUAUUGCAUUAAUUGCUAUGGCAAUAAAAUAUGCACCAGGGCAAAAAAUUACUUUAAAUGGAAUUUAUCGAUUUAUCAUGGAUCAUUUUCCAUAUUAUCGUGAUAAUCGUCAAGGAUGGCAAAAUUCUAUAAGACAUAAUCUUAGUUUAAAUGAUUGUUUUAUUAAAUUACCACGUGAUAAAAGUCGACCAGGUAAAGGUAAUUAUUGGACAUUAUCAACUAAUGCAGAUGAAAUGUUUGAACAUGGAAAUUAUAGACGCCGAAAAAGACGUACAAAAUCUUCUAUAUUCAUUACACCAUCCUCUUCGUCGUCAUCAUCAUCAUCACCACCACCACUCUUAUCAUCAUCUUCAACAGGGGCAAAUUUGUUAACAUCAGCAUAUACAGCGACAGCAUCGGACAAUGGAUCAUUAUCAUCCAUAUCAAAACUAACAGAAUUUAUGAAAUUAUCUAAAGAAUCUCAAGUACCAAUAGAAUCUGAUGUUCAUUCGUCUACUUUUUCUUCUUCUUCUUCUUCUUCUUCACCGUCAUCUUCUUCUCCUUCAUCUUCUUGUUCUCUAUCAUCCUUUACUUCCACAUCUGUUUCCACUACCUCCUCCUCUACUUCUCCGUUUUUAUUUUCAUCAUCAAUAGAAUCUUGCUCAUCAAGAAUUAUAAAUGAUUCAAAUAUACAACAUUCAUCAUUAUCUCAAUGUUUUUAUACACCACAGAUGGAUAAACAACCGUCAUCAUCAACUCAUGUAAUAGAUGAUUGUAUAUAUUCUAAACAUCCUUAUUAUUCAGAUCAUCCUUUGAAUAAUCAAUUCAAUAUAAAUUAUCAACAUUCACUUGUAUAUCCUACUAAUAUUAGUAGUAUAAAUAAUGAUGAACAUCAACCAUUAAUAAUGCUUAAUAAUACUAAUAAUAUUCCAUUGAAUAUGGAUUUAUAUACGAUUCAUCAAAAUCAAUUAUUAUUAUCUAAUAAUAAUCAAUUUACUACUGAAUAUUAUUCAUCGAUAACAACAGCAUCAUCAUCGUCAUCAUCGUGGUCGUCAUCGUCAUCGUCGUCAUCAUCUUUAACAUUAUCAUCACCAUUCAAUAACUGUUUACAUUCAUCUACGUCCAAUAAUAAUAAUAAUAAUAAUAAUAAUAAUAAUAAUAGUAAUACCAAUAAUAUCCUCAUUAAUUGUUUGCCAAAUUUUUCCAUUCAAUCAAUAAUUGGCAAUAAUAAUAAUAAUCAUGUAGAUAAUCAAUAUAUAUAA